UCCAACUGCUUGAAUUCUAGAAAUAUGUACUCAAAUACGAAUUUUACAUCUAGAGAUACAAACAAGAACACACUUGCACAAUGUAAUAUGAAGAUACCUAGUUCAAUAUAUUGGCACUCGUCUUCCGAAGCAGCCAAAGUAUCAACAAUCUUGACCAUAACGCUGAACGUCUUGACAAUGCCUAUGACUUUGUUUCUCAACGCUCUAAUCAUUUUCGUUGUUUGGAAGAAUCCAUCUCUUCAGGUUGAGCGUGUGAUAGUCCUCGCUUAUUUAGCCUUGACUGACUUUCUUAUUGGACUGACUUGCCAACUUUUGUUCAUCGCCAAGGAAAUACUUCAGUUCGAGACCAAUAAAGUCCACUGUGGUUUAGGAAUAGCAUUUUUUUUAGCUAUGGGUCUUCUAAAAGGAGUGGAGUUUUACCAACUUUUAGGUAUAUUAUACGAAAGAUACGUGGCCAUCAUUCAUCCUUUCCAAUACUCAACACGAAUCACAGUCAAGAGACUCACAUAUGCUACAAUCGGACUUUGGACCGUUAACACUAUGAUAUUUUUGCUAUCCUUUAUAACGUAUAUUUUGGAUAUGUGUUUGUAUAUUGGUAUCGUAGGUACCAUCCUUAAGUUUGUUAUUUUUGUCUGCAUGGUUUACUGGUAUGCUAAAAUCUUUGCUGCCAUAAGAAGACAAAAACGACAAAUUGAUCAACAACAGCAAAAUACCAACAUGAAUAAUCCCCACACCCAGCGAAGCCACAAAGGAGCAAUAACAGCUGCUCUUCUUCUCGGCUGCUUUUUACUUUCUUUUUCUCCUAUUUUUUUCGUAAUACAAUUAAGCCAGCGAUCUGAGGUUAUUUUCAAAGAUAGUUCAGUAUGGCGAACUUUGCAGCAAUGGAUUGAAACCAUUAUAUGUUUCAGUGCUUUGCUCAACCCGAUAAUCUACGGUCUACGUACUAGACGAUUGAAAGAAAAAUGUUGGGAGGUUUUGGGGUUUCAGCACGACAUUGAUGAGGUUGUUUCUCAUAAUGCAUGUGUUGCAACCAUUCCAUGUUAGGACUGGUGCAAAUAUGGGGAAGCAGUCGGGUUCUUCAGAGAGUUUUAAUAUAGAACCAUAAACAUGCAUAGAAUAUAAAUAAGUCGAUUGUCAUCUAACACUUGACUGUUGAAAUAUUUCCAAAUUCAAGAUUUUUUGCUCUGAGUUCUAGAUUUUUGAUGCAAUGUUUCCUGAGUAAUUGAYCAACCUUUUCUCAAAAAGUAUGGAAGAAUGCUUCAUUGGCAUUCUAUGCAAUCAUGAUAAAAUUGAAAUAAAUAGAGGAUAUUAUAUUAGUGGCGCGAAGAUUUGAAGUUUAUCUUCGAGUGGUGAGAAUAUGUAGUCCAGAGUGUGCGAAACGAACAAGUACAAAAGUAAAAAAUAAUGCUUGUCAUUUAUCUUGUUUUCGCUGCAAAAAUACUGGAAAGGUGAUGAUGACGCUAACUUUGGAAUAAGUGUCACUGGAAAUUAAACAUGCCAUUC